GCUUCCGGCGCGCACGUGGUGCGGCGGCAUGGCGGGCGGCGCGGCUGGCGAGGGGCUGUGCCUCAGCUUCGCGGGGUGCAACUUCCUGCGGCAGCGGCUGGUGCUGGCCACGCUCAGCGGGCGGCCGGUGAAGAUCCGAAAGAUCCGCGCCAAGGACGAGGACCCGGGGCUGCGCGAUUUUGAAGCAAGUUUUAUUCGCCUGAUUGACAAAGUAACCAAUGGCUCUCGGAUUGAAAUAAACCAGACAGGUACUACCUUGUAUUAUCAACCUGGUCUUCUAUAUGGAGGCUCAUUGGAACAUGACUGCAGUCCCAGUCGUAGCAUUGGCUACUACUUGGAAAGUCUGCUCUGCCUGGCACCUUUCAUGAAACAUCCGUUGAAGAUUGUCCUGAGGGGAGUAACGAAUGAUCAAGUCGAUCCUUCGGUUGAUGUCCUUAAGGCGACAGCUCUACCCCUACUGAAGAGGUUUGGAAUUGAUGGUGAAAGUCUGGAAAUCAAAAUCAACCGGAGAGGAAUGCCUCCCAAAGGGGGUGGAGAGGUAGUGUUUACUUGCCCACUGAGAAAGGUUUUGCAGCCUAUUCAGUUCACAGACCCUGGCAAGAUCAAGCGCAUCAGAGGAACUGCAUACUCUGUCAGAGUGUCGCCACAGAUGGCAAAUAGAAUGGUGGAAUCUGCAAGGAGCAUCCUGAAUAAAUUCCUCCCCGACAUCUAUAUCUACACAGAUCAUAUGAAGGGGGUCAGCUCUGGAAAAUCACCAGGUUUUGGCAUGUGCCUUACUGCAGAAACCAUCAAUGGAACCAUUCUCAGUGCUGAGCUAGCCUCAAACCCUCAGGGCCAGGGAACAGCUGUGCUUCCCGAGGAGCUUGGCCAGAACUGUGCUAAGCUGUUGCUUGAGGAGGUCUACAGGGGAGGCUGUGUAGAUUCAACAAAUCAGAGCCUUGCUUUGCUUCUCAUGACCCUUGGACAACGGGAUGUUUCCAAAGUCCUGUUAGGACCUCUCUCGCCUUACACAAUUGAAUUUCUGCGACACCUCAGAAGCUUCUUCCAGAUCAUGUUUAAAAUUGAAACAAAGAACCCUGAGGAGGAGCACAUGGGCGGGGAGAAAGUCUUAAUGACAUGUGUUGGCACUGGAUUUUCCAACCUUAGCAAAACUAUAAGAUAAGAAACAUCUGCAGGCUUCAUGACAUAGGGUGGCAGAAAACACUGAUAAAACCUGCCUUUCUUUAUUCUUAUUCCAGUACAGAGAAACCAUUGAGGAUUCCAGUGCAGAGGUACCCAAGCUCGCUGCUUUCAGACAAUAAAGCUGACUUGAGCCAGUUUAGACCUGUGCUGUUUAUAAAUUCAGUGUCAGUAUUCUGUUCCACAUGGAAUGGGUGGCAGGAAUCUCGGUUGGCUUGGGACUCUGCACUGUAUUCUACCGCAUGGGACACAAGUGCCUCUUAUGUCCCUGUGCCCUGAAGCCUUAAUGCAGUGGGUGUUCUAGUUUUCAUAUCUACAGUCCUCACUCUUAGCUUUUUCUGAAAGGUUUAGAUAGAGAGGGAAAACAAGAUUGACCUGGAUGAGCUUUGCAGUGCAAAUCAAAUGAUCACAACAGAAACUUCAGAUUCUUGAGGUAAUUGCAGAGACAGUAUUGGCAUGGAAAUAAAGGUAAAGGUGUAGUGGUUUUAUUUAUACAUUGCAUGUAUUUAAUUUUUGUGGAAUGCUUCACUCCUGCUUAUGUUGACUAAAUUAGUUCCAGAGGAAGAAAACAGUUACCUGUCUUUUAAUUUUCAUUAACGUUAGAAUCCUGUAGAAGAGAGCACAGCCCACACUGACUUGUUUUAGCCUCCUCUGCACAGAAGGGCAUGAGAGAAGAAGCCUCCUUGGCAGUUUUUGACUUCAACUUAUAGUACAUAUUAUUUUUAGGUUUGUUCAGAAUGCCACACACUGCAGUCCACAACUGGUUUUGAAAGGCAGCAAAAUUAAAAGCAACAUAGGCUUUGAGGGAGAAAAACAUACUCAGUUUAUACCAUCACAUUUUGUGCAAGUGUUCCAUUUUGAAAGAGGAGGUUAUGGUGUAUGGGCACUGCUCAGGUGGACAGGUGCAAAAAAAUUUUACCAAGAUAUAAAUAUUUACUGAAGAAAGGGUUUUGGUAGAUUCCAGGCAAACCUGCUGAAGUUGAUGCUGCACUCUUGACACAAAUUUAUACCUGACUUCAUACUGCACUCAGUGUGUCCGCAGUAAAGUAAAACCAUAUCAAAAACUGGUAUAUAUAGAGAGAAAGCCGGUACUAGUGACUGUGUUAUAAUAGUCUUACAAACUUUAUCUAAUGCCACUGUAAAGUGGGCAUUACCUCUGUAAUGUGAAAAAUGUAUAUUGGACCCAAAAGGACUUUGACAAAAAGUUAAAUAUUUGAUUAGUGUUUUAUUAACUAUUGCAGGCUUUGUGAGUCAUUUUUGUACUGUACUUUAUUCUUGUUGCAAUCUGUCUAAACGUGUUUUGGAAAAAUAAA